AAACACAAAAACUUUCGUGAGGUCUUGGUUGUUCGGCAAUUCCAUGGAAGUAUGGAUGUAGUUUCUUACUCAUCUGCAGCUGCUCCUCUUUCUCUCGUGCUUUCAUCCUCCAUAAGAAACCCUAACGGAAUCCUGAAUUUCACCAAUCCUUCGUUUCAGUUUCAGCCAUUGAAGAAGAAUUCAUAUCGAUUUCGUUUAGUUCUGGUUAGUUGUGUCAAACCUCAGAAAUUAGGUUUAUAUUCUGCCAAUGUUAAAAAAGUGCUAAAUUGGAAGGGGAAACUUAAGCAACAUUUCCCCUUCGGCCUUGUUCGAUUUGUUGUUGGAGUUGUAUUGGUUAUGUCAGUAUCCAUUGCUGUUAGCAGAACUCCUUCCUCGGCACUCACGGAAGAGAACCUCCUUUUCUUGGAAGCGUGGAGAACAAUUGAUCGUGCAUAUGUUGAUAAAAAGUUUAAUGGGCAAAGUUGGUUUAGGUAUAGAGAGGAUGCCUUGCGGAAAGAACCAAUGAAAAAUCGAGAAGAGACAUAUACGGCUAUAAGGAAAAUGCUUGCCACACUAAAUGAUCCAUUCACCCGCUUUCUGGAGCCAGAAAAGUUCAAGAGUUUGAGGUCCGGCACUCAAGGUGCCCUUACAGGUGUAGGGCUUUCCAUUGGUUAUCCUAUAGGGUUUGAUGGAUCACCUGCAGGGCUUGUUGUUAUUUCAUCUACCCCAGGAGCACCAGCUUAUAGGUCUGGCAUUAGGUCUGGAGAUGUUAUUUUGGCAAUUGACGGUACAAGUACUGAAACAAUGGGAAUUUAUGAUGCAGCUGAACGAUUACAGGGUCCUGAAGGAAGUUCAGUGGAAUUGACCAUUCUCAGCGGACCUGAAACAAAACAGAUGGCCCUGAAGAGAGAGAGGGUCUCGCUGAACCCUGUGACCUCUAGACUAUGUGAAGUCGCUGCUGUGGGAAAGGACACAUCCCGAAUUGGUUACAUCAAACUAACAACUUUCAACCAAAAUGCUUCUAGAGCUGUUAAGGAAGCAAUUAAAACUCUACGUAGUAACAAUGUCAAUGCUUUUGUGUUGGACCUUCGAGAUAACAGUGGUGGCCUUUUCCCAGAAGGAAUUGAGAUAGCUAAGAUCUGGUUGGAUAAGGGUGUUAUCGUGUAUAUAUGUGAUAGUCAAGGAGUUCGAGAUAUUUAUGAGGCAGAUGGAAACAAUGCGAUAGCAACAUCAGAGCCUUUAGCUGUGCUGGUAAACAAAGGAACUGCCAGCGCUAGUGAGAUACUAGCUGGCGCUUUGAAAGAUAACAAGCGAGCAGUUGUGUUUGGAGAACCGACAUAUGGGAAAGGGAAAAUACAGUCGGUUUUUGAGCUAUCUGAUGGUUCUGGAAUGGCAGUAACUGUGGCUCGAUAUGAGACUCCUGCACACACGGAUAUUGACAAGGUGGGUGUGAUACCGGACCAUCCGCUACCCACAUCAUUUCCAAAGAAAGAAGAUGAUUUUUGUAGCUGCCUUAAAGACUCAGCAUCUGCUUGUUACCUAAACAAGGUCAAGCUGUUUUCAAGUCUGGGUCAAAUAAACUACGGACUGGCGCCUAUUAUCCUCCCUUGCAUUUACGGUUAAAUGAACUGGUUAUAAAGAGAAAGAAUAGCCGAAAAUAUGCAAAAGAAAAUCACGCCAGACCCAAACCAAAUUCCUAAC